AUGUCGGACUCAAAUCACGAUGGAGAUGCGGAUCCCAGCGGCAGCACAGCCGUUCUCCCCACGCCUAUAAAGGAAGACCCCAUCCUGGAAGAGGACGAGAAUGAGGAAGAGCAACAGCAUCCAGCCAACACAGAAGCCAGUGGUGAUACGACGGCUCCAUCUCCGCUCAAACGACGAGGCCCCACCGUAUCGUUUCGGGACCCUGACAGUAGUAUGGAUGAGGGGUUCUCGUCUGCAGCAACAUCAGCCGACGACUCCGCACACAAUCAACGCAUACCUGCAGCCGGCGUGGGAACACGCACCCAACCCCGUCGCGCGCCUCGCUCCAGCUCCUCCCUUCGACAUGUCACUACCUCUCGCUCACGAACAACCAGUCUCGCUCAGUCCCUGCCGGAAGAUCGCGAUGUCUCGAGCGAUCCCAAUUACUUUGACGAUCCCUCCACCAGCCUCGUAGCACGUCAGGUCAACGUCGAAAAACGAAGAGCCGAACGUCAACGCCGACAGGAUGCAGCUCUUCUCGCUGAUCUAGACGACGAAGAAGAAGGAGAGGAUGAAUAUUCCGUCGAUAGUGCUGAGGAGGAUGCAGUAGCGGCACGCAGAGUACGCAAUGCAGAAGCAGUCGGUGUCGUCGACGAGAAUGAUUACUUUUCUCGCAGCGGCUCGGCGUACGACAAGGGCAAGGCGAAAGCGUCGGUACCGCAUCAGGCCAACGGCGGCAGUACCCUCAACUGGUCCAGCGCGAGCGCCAGUGACGAUAGCGAUGACUGGGACGGCGAGAACCCAACCUUGCUGGCCACAGGUACCUCGACUUCAGCACGCACUCUGGCGGCGCCGCUAGACCCGAUCGAUCCGCACCAUGAUGCCCAUGCCGCAGUCAGUGCUACGCCAGGUCCUAGCUUUCCCCUCGAUCUCCACACUCCGGCCGACCUCGGAGAGCAAGAGACACCCGUUCUCGAUCCUCGACAUCGCUUGGAGUGGCAGAGCAUGCUCGAAUCCGUGCUGAAUUCGGAGGUGCUCAAAUCUGAAACAAAACGCAUCAAUUCAGUGGACACUCCGGACCUGUCCCGUCAAGAGCUUGGAUACCAGCGCUGGCUUGACAUUCGUGCCACACUGCGUGGCCGCGGCUCGCAACGCGGCGCCAUCGACGAAGAGGAAACACGUCUCAAGGAAGGUUUCGGUCAGAUGCUCAAAGACCUUGUGCAAGAGAUCCGCGACUGCCGUGCCGAACAGAUCGCGCGUGCUGACAGUGGUGUCGGUCCAGCUCCUUUCACGCAUUCCCUGUCAACGCCUGCCGACAGCAGCGAAGCCGAUUCUCUUGCCAAGGAAAACACCAGCGAUUCUGAUCCGCCCAGACCCGAGAAUCCCAACGCCGACCCGGAAGCAGCAGCCAUCCUCGCAGAAAAGGACAAGGUCCUCGCCGAGAUUGGCUCCCUUCUCGGUCGCAUCGACAGCGCGGAGGAGCAAUUCCCGUCCAACAAGCGGGCAAUUGAGAUCGUCCCGGAGUGGGGAGAUGCAGAGGUGCAAGCCAAGCUCGCCACAAUUUACUGUUGGUAUAACACCACUACCUCGCUACGUCUGCAGAUCGACAUCCUUCGCAAAUGGACCGGAUCCGACACCCUCGAGAUCAAUGCGCAUAGCAGCGCCCGAGACGACGAUGACGAGCGCAAGAAGCGCGAGCAACAGCAGCGCCCCGGCCGUGCUGCUGCAGACGAGGAGAGCACCUUUGUCGAGAGGAUCCAAAAGGAAGGCUCGCUGCAAUCGACCUUCGAGAAACGCACCCUCGCCGGACUCUACCAGCUGAUCAACAAGUCGAAGGAGACCAUCUUAAAAUACAAUAAGGAGUUCACCCGGAUGGGCCUUCCGCCGUUCGAGCCGGAGCUUGUCACGCUCAUCAACUUUCCCACAAGUCUGAUGCAGGGCGCAUUGCGCUUCCGCCUCGACUAUGCGGGCAAGCUUGCGGAGCCGAGUGUGCUCAUUGUCGACUCGCUCACCGACGAUCUGCGAACGGCACUCGCCAUGGCAUGCCGAGUCAAGCUUCACUACCAAAGCACCAUCGUCGCCGAUCCUGAGCGCGGUUGGAACCUCAAGCCAUGCAUCGCUGACGGCUACGACGACGUGCUGCGAAGUGCGCUCAAGUUCUUCUUCAAGCUCUUGCGUCUCAAACUCAAGGCCAGUCUUUACUUCAAAGAGACCGAGAUUCUUGAGCCCGAGUGGCGCUUCCUCAGCACGGCCGUCGAGUCGAUCGAGGGCGGAGACAUCAUUGUGGCGACCAACAUCACUCGCUUCGUCAAUAAGCUCUUCGAUCGUAUCGCCCGCUACUUCAAUCGCGAACUGACCGCCACCAUGACGCAGCAGGAUCAGCACGGUCGGCGCUUGCCCAACCCGACCUCGGGCCCGGUUGGCCUCGCAAAGUCGGAUCAGACUGCGCCCGGUGCUGCCACUGGUCGCACAGCGCACGGAAAGAGCUUCAUCACGCUCGAGGAUCGAGCUAAGUGGAUCCACAGCGUCUUCGACAGCGUACGAAUCCGUUCUCGUAAGCUGCUGGGUUUUGCACGCGACAUUCGAAAUCGACUAGACAACGCAGCAGAGUACGAUCUCGGUACUCUUCGCCCCUCGUCCGACUACCUCGAAGCCGACGACCGCUCUGUCGCCGAGUACAGCGAGCCGAACCAUCCGGGUGGCAUGACGCUCAGCUCCUUCAUGUUGACGCUCAUCGAUCAUGACUACUUCUUGGUCUACACCGAGGCGCUCGAGGAGGAUGGCAUCUACCUCGUUGCAGAGCCUAGCUUGCAAGACAAGCCGGAUCUGAUCCAAGAGCUUGUGUGCAAGUGUCUGCACCGUGUCCGACCCGGCGAGGAAGACUCGGCCAUGGCUGCCGAGGCCACCGCCACUGCGCUCAACGCCGAUGGUGAGGAGGGCGAGGAUACGACGGCAGCAGCCGGAGUCGGCAACGCCACUGCGUUGCGAGACCAGCUCGAAAAGCAGACCACCGCCAGCGGACUUCGUGCCACCUCGACCAAGAACGAUGACGACGCCGAUGAAAGUCCCCGCUACAUUCUGCUUCUCAGUCCACGUGAUCCGUUCAUGUGGACCGGCAAGGUGAUGCAUCACAUCAUGCCUCGCGUCGACAUCUCGCUUGCCGACCGUCGUGUUCGCCUCAUUGCAGAUGGACCCAAGGGACGCCUCGAGCUGGCUAAGCGGCACUUUCAAAGCAUUUUCGAGCAUGCCGUUCCGGCGGAGGGCGGUCAAGACGGAAGCGAAGACGGUCAAGGCGCCUUCCCGCUGGAGACGCUCAACGACCAGAUGGCACACAUGAGCCGGGUCCAGUCCGGCCUCGAGGACAUCAAUAAGGGCGUCUACAUGCUUUCCGACACCAUCAUCCGCAAAGUGCCCGAGAUUCGUCGCCGUCUCCGUGGUUUCGGCGUGCGUGCACGUGCCAAGAGCGGAACACCCCGGUCGACCACCACUGAUGCUCCGAUUGGCGGACUUGGCGGCAGCUGUGAUGAACUCAUCCAGAACUGCUACUCGAUGGCAGCGGAACACGGACGUCGUGCGCUGCCCUUUAUAGAGUCGGCUCGAUUGCGAGACCAAAUGACGCUUGCCCUCGGUCGCCUUGCCAUCGACUGGAUCGCCUUCAUCUGCGAUGAUUGCGUGCCGAGCGAGCGCAAGACGUUCAAGUGGGCCGUCACAGCCCUUGGCAACGCCAACCACAUCACGUCGACCGAAAACAUCUUCCGCCUCAACGAGCAAGAUUUUGCUCUGCUUCGCGCCAAGGUCGCCUCGUGUAUGGCUCUGUUGAUCUCGCACUUCGAUAUUCUCGGCGCCAGAAGCAGCGUGGCCAAGGCACAGGAAGAUCGUGAACGGCUCGAGCGCGAAAAAGUCGAGCGCAACCGCAUCACUGCUGGAAGCUCGGAGGCGGUGCAGAAUCUGGCGGAGGACUUUGAGCAGCUGCGUGUGCAGAGCACUGACCACGCCAUCUCGAUGCUGGAGAAGGCGAGGUCCGCCUUGGCUGGACCAGGCAUCGGUGCCCAGAACCUCUUCAAUAAGCUCGACGCAGCCAUGCAGGCCACCGAAGAGCGCUGGAUCUCCAAGAUGCUCGAGUGGGAUGCUGCGCGACAUGAGUUGGAUGUCGAGCAGCGUCUCAUCGGUCGUGUGCUCGAUGACACGCGCCUCGAGGAUCGCAGCUUGCAGUUCCUCGCCCAGUCGGCGUCCAAGAUCACCAUUCGCUGGCAGCAGGGUCAGUUCAUCGGCGGCGGUACGUUCGGCACGGUCUACCUCGCUGUCAAUCUCGACAGCGGUGGUCUCAUGGCGGUCAAAGAGAUUCGUUUCCAGGACAUCUCCUCGACGCCAAGUCUAUAUCAGCAGAUCAAGGACGAGAUGGAGGUCAUGUCGAUGCUGAGCCAUCCCAACAUUGUCGAGUACUACGGCAUCGAGGUUCACCGCGAUCGCGUCUACAUCUUCGAGGAGUACUGCCAAGGAGGUUCGCUCGCCGCGCUCCUCGAGCAUGGUCGCAUCGAGGACGAGACGGUCAUCCAGGUGUACACGCUGCAGAUGCUCGAAGGACUCAUCUACCUGCAUUCGCAAGGCAUCAUCCAUCGCGAUAUUAAGCCGGACAACAUCCUGCUGGACCACGUGGGUGUGCUCAAGUACGUCGAUUUCGGCGCGGCCAAGAUUCUGGCUAAGAACAGCCGCACCAUUCAACGUUCGCGCAAGACGGGUGGCAUGGGCAACAUCGGCAUGCUCGCCCAAGGUGCCGCAGAGGGCGGCAAGCAAGGCGGCCCUGCGGGAGCGAUGGCUAGUCUGCAGGGUACACCGAUGUACAUGUCGCCCGAGGUGAUCAAGGGCAACUCGGACGGCCCCCAGUCUGCCGCAGACAUCUGGUCUCUCGGCUGCGUCGUGUUGGAGUUCGCUACCGGCAAACGACCUUGGAGCAACUUUGACAACGAAUGGGCGAUCAUGUUUCACAUCGGCAUGGCGGAACAGCAUCCCGCGCUGCCAGAUUCGAGCCAGCUCUCGCCGAUGGGGAUCGAGUUCAUUCGCCAGUGUCUCACCAUCAAUCCUCGCCAGCGACCUUCGGCGAUCCAACUCAAGGAGGAUCCGUGGAUGCGCAGUCUCAUCGAGGAGCUGGAUGCAGCCAACGAGGCAGAGGCGGCGGCAGAACUGGCGGGCUUACCGGUCGGUGGGCUUGGCGAGGCGAGCUACGAGGACGUCGCCAGCUCGUCGAGCGGUUCCAGUCACAGCAACUCGCUGGAAGCAGGACACCAAGCGCCGCAAACACCAGGUGGCCAGCCGAGCCUGUUCAAGAGCCUAGAUCGCAACGUGUCGUCGCUCAACAGCAUGCGUAGUCGGUGGAGCAGCAGCGAGGCGGCCAGUGGCUCGAGUGGCGGGACAGGCGUCACGACGCCGUACAACCCGAGCAUGAGUCUCCGCGCCAGUCUCGGGUUUCGCCAGCAACAGCAGGCGCAGCAGAAGGAACGAAUCGACGAAGAAGGCGGAGGAGAUCAGCCAGAGGAGGAGGCAGAGGAGGCAGAGGAAAGACCACUGCACGUCCCCGGUCAUCCCAACCACUCGCAUCCGGGGUCGUCGGCCAUCGUCGCCGAUCUGCAGUAUUCGCGAGAGGAGGCGCAGAGACAGGCCAUGUUGAGACACGAUUCCGAUAUGAGCGCUCUCCCUGACGAACCCUGA